CUGAUGUGUAUUUUACAAAACUGAAACAGUGGGCGUAGAUCAAAAGUUAAAGUGGCUAUUAUUUGCUAUUGCCUAUUAUUUAGGAAGCGCGGUCGUCGAUAGUGAUAGGCUGAAGAUGGCACCACCACCAGUGGUGACAGGGAUCUCUCCGAAGGAAGGACCCCCUGGAACCAAAGUCACAGUGCGAGGAGAGAACCUGGGCACGAGCCAACAGGAUGUCGUGGGUGUAAUGAUUGGUGAAUGGGACAGCACCCUGACUGCUGAGUGGCACAGCCCCAACAAGAUCGUCCUGCUCUCGGGUACCUCCCGCGGUCACUGUGACGUCAUCAUUACCACGGCCUCCGGUGGCGUCGGCUCCUGUACCGUCAAAUUCAGAGGUGUUGACCAGGUGGUCGGCCACCUAAAAGAGUCGUCCGUGUGGCUGCGCGACUUUGGCCAGGAGCGCGAGGAGAUCCUUCAGGAGCUCGUCUCCACCCACAACCUCGGCCAGGAGGAUGUACUCGGCAUCUCGAUGGAGGGCUACGAGGUGCGUUACCCGGAGGACGAGCUGGAAGAGAUGUUCCCCGGAAGGUCGGGCAGCCUGUUUUCGGAACAGUUCCACCCGGCCUGGUUCCUACUGGAGAACCACCAUCAGAGUGGCUACGAUGACCUGCGCGCCGGACUCAGCUUUCUCAGGAGGAAGGUCAACGCAGAGAAGGAGGGACAGCUCACGUUUCUCAAGGAUCACGCCGGCCUCGUGAUUGACCAGCUGGACGCCCUGUCGGAGAUGCGACAGCUGUUUAAGAAACACACCUCGUCACACGACCCCAUGGUUACCAUGGACCAGGCCAUCAACGCCAGCAAGGCGGAAGCCGACAAGCUCUUCCAAGACGUUCUGCGGCGCAAGGACCGCGCAGACUCGACUCGCUCGGCGCUGGCGGUGCUUCAGCGCUACCGCUUCCUCUUCUACCUUCCCGUCAACAUCGAGCGUAACAUGCGCCGGCGAGAGUUUGACGUUAUCAUUAACGACUACGCCAAGGCGCGAGGACUGUUUGCCGAUUCUGAGGUCCAGGUGUUCAAACAGGUGAUGGCGGUGGUGGAGACUAAGAUAGCCAACCUGCGGGACAUCCUCAAGGCCAAACUGAAGGAAGUCAACGGCUCGUUCGAAGAACAGCGGCAGAUCAUUCGGUACCUGGUGAGCCUGGACACCACUGGCGACGUCGGCUGGGAGUGUAUCCUCUCGGAGCAUGCCUUCAUCCGGAAGGUGCUGACCUCGUGUCGCCAGCAGUACGCGGGAGUCACGGCCGCCGGCGGCGCUGUUGAUGGACAGACUUCAGCGCCACCAAUCGUUCUGUUUAUCGAGGACGUGGCCGAUCGGAUGACGGGCAAGUUUCCUGGUCUGUUCAAACUGGGUCAGUGCUACUUCCAGGGGGAGCUCCACACCGCUCCCGAUACCGCCAGAAAACCCGACUUCAAGCGGCUGGUGAGCGGUGUGGUGGAGCUGUGGUGCGCGUUGGUGCGCGGCGCCCUCCUACCCCACACGGCCGACUCUCCCGAGUACGCCUGGUCGGACUCUCUGCGGGAGCCCGUGUGGCUACAGGCCUGUCUCAGGGAGGUGACCGCCACAUAUGGCAGUCUACAGACGCUCGGAGUCUCCGCUGACGCGCUGGACGAGGUCAGCCAGCUGGUGUUUGACCUCAGGAAGCACUGUCUGAUGACCAUGUUCCGUCGCACCAUGGAAUCAGUUCGUCAGCUGGUGGGUCGCGACGCCUGGGCCCUGGAGCCCACCCUGGACGCCAGUGGAUACGGCUACACGCGACUGCUGACACAGUUUGUGUCGGUGGUAACCGAUGUGGUGGGGCAAGCGGAGGAACAGGUACUGACGGGAGGUCCGCAGGAGAGCGCCCUCAUGGAGAACGAUACCGUGCGGAAGGAUGUGGUGGUGCUGGUCUACAACCUGGUGGCCACGUUUGCUCAGGUGCUGGAGCGUCUGGCGUUUGAGGACACAGAGUCGGAGGAUGGCGAGGACUCUGAGGAGCCGGGCGGCGCGGCGCGUGAGUCGCCCAGUGUGGAGCACCGCCUGCUGCUGGUGCUCUCCAACUGUCAUGUGCUCCGUGUGAGCCGAGCACCCCAGCUGGAGAGGGUGUUUACGUCACACGGGUUUCCGGCGUCGGAGGUGCGCCAGGGUCUGCAGAAGGUGACCGACGUGCUCUCGGACCUAGAGCAGAAGCUGUUCGAGGCCUACAUGGAGGAAAAGGCCGACCCCAUACUGGGUAUAAUCGAGAUGUCCAUGUACCAGGGCAAGUUCGAUUGGUCGGCUGUGCUCCAGCCGCCCACGGAUGUGCGCGGAUACGUCAAGGAGGUCAUCAUGAACUGCAUCGGCGUCCACGCCGAGGUAUACUACGUCUCCCCACUGCUGGUGCGUCGCGUGCUCUGUAACCUAGUCGAGGGCGUGGCCGAGGAGCUCAGUCGGCUGAUGACCUCCGUGGCGCGGAUGACCCCGGCCGGCGGCCAGCAGGCCCGGCUCGACCUGGCCGCCCUGCAGGAGACCCUGCAGCUCUAUAUUACAGAGUCGGCACGGGUGUCGUUUGUUGAAGCCUCGGAGUCCCUGCCCAACCACCAGGACCCCGCCGGAGACAAACGACUGGUGGAGGACCUGCUGAAGAAGUUCCGGUCCAACAUGCGGCUACAGAUGAUGUGCUUCACCAGGGAGCCCACCCUGGAGGAUUUCUCAUCGGACUGAGCUUGGUGCUCCGUACUCCAGGGUUGCCUAUUUUCCCGUGGUGCACACGGCACAGUGCAUAUGUCCCAGUCUGGGCUUACGCUGGUUAGCAGGCGGACUGGUGGGAACGGUACCGUGGGCAAGGUGAUGGCGACGCCAAAGAAGUCGUUACGUCGUUAAAGAAGUACAGUGGAAUUCCUUGAGUGUGACGAGAAUGCUUCAGGCGGGAGGCGUGAGAAGUUCCCCGCAGCCCACAAUGUCACCUCGAAUCUGAUACCGUCACCGUCUCCCGUCGCUCGAAAGAGACCUGCGCAACGGCUAUCUGCCUUAUUUCACCAGCCCGGUCUGUAACGGCAAAUUCGUGCUGCAAACGUAUGCAAAUGUCGCGAGUCAAACAAAACGGACGCAUGUGAAGACCGGAAGGUCACUUCAGGGCGUUUUUUGAUGCUGACAAGCUUGUGAUACAUUUGGAAGGAAGUUGGAAAAUGGGAAGAAGCCUUACCUUGAUGACGAGGAACCACGUGGUGCGUCUGUGAUGGAAUUUUGGAGGGGGUGUGGUGCACCCCGUGUAUGACAGGAAUCUUAUCACUGAAUGCAAGACCUAAGUGUACCUAUUGAGUGUUUCAGUGUUACCGAAUGAGUGCGAUUGAGUGAUUGCAAGACGCGUAAUUGAGUGGGUUAUGGAAGAGUUUGCAGCGGCAUAUGAUUUUCGAUUACUUUGCAACAAAGGAUGUCAUCUGCAGGACUUAAUCAUGGGCCGCCGUUUGCUGUAAUCAAUGUUUUAACGACAUGUGUGUGCAGUCAGUUCAGUAAGGUAGUGUUAUUUCGAUGGCCGAUGCUAAAUGAAGCCAGACGUUACGAAGUGCUAAGUUAUGUUGCCCUCAAAGUCCGACCGUUGCUGCACUGUUUCAUGGGGGAUGCGAGUGCUGGCUCGCUAUCGUAGCUUUAUAUGUUAUAUUGUAUUGAAGUUAGGUGUACACGCAGUGGUCAGAUUAUUUACAAGUUGUAUAAUGUCAUAUGUGGAGACCGGUCCAUAAUUUCAACGCUGAAGUUAUACAUAUAGCGUUGAUAGCAGUCUGGCAUGGAUAUUGGAUUGCCAAAUACAUUCAUUCCAUUACC